GUUCGUUUGCGACCAGUUUGAUGGAUCGGUUGUAUGGAUUGGUCGUUGCAACUGUUGUUUAUUUUUGCGCCAUGUUGCUCAGUCGUUGCUUGCUUUUCAUACAGUUUGCUAUGAAUUGUGGUGAGCGCGUAAAAGUGGCUUGAAUUGUGUGAAGAUGCAAAACAAAAACUUUCUAUCAAAGAAAUUAAAAUUUUCAAAGUUAUUAAAUAGUGUUGUGCUUUAAAGGCUUGUGACUUUGCAGACCAGCAUAUGCAGCAAAAAGGCUGAACUACUACAACGAUUUGGAUACAUUGAUGCUGCAAUCAAUAAAAAGUCUAACAACAUCACUCCACCAGCUAUUAGAAAAGCGGCAACACCGACCGUAGCAACAGCAGAAAAACGGUUGUACAUAAGUGCUUAUAAUAGCGCAGCCAACACACACAGUGGCACACAUUCGAAGCCGGAAAUAGAUAAGUUAACCAGAAAAACGUGAACGAACGAGGCGCCGCAGAGCGCAGCGGUGUGCCACCAAGGGGGGCGAAGAAUUAGCGUCCAACAAGAAAAAAAGUCGCCGCCACAAACCAAAACAUUCACAAUCGAACAACAACACAGCGCACCGCAACCGCAGUAAACAAGUGAAGGAACAUUUGAAAAGCGCGCCACAGCGGCAACAAUAACAACAAUACGACGAGAAGAAAGCCAACAAAGCAUGCGGAGGAUUCUGCGCCACAUCAAGGUCGUCUAGGAAUAAGGUGGAAGCAUUUGUGUGUGCGCUUAAGCGAGAGCGCUAGACACUGAGAGAGUGCGACCGGAAAGGAAAUAACUGCAAACAGUUGCGACAACAACAGCAAUAACAAUAACGAGAACAGCAGCAGCAACAGCAAAGCGCAAACAAGUUUUACGCCAGUUGGCCAGUAAAAGGGAAGGUGCAGGAAGUGGCAAGCCGAAGAGCGCGUGUGCGGCAAACGAACAAGUUGUUGGAGACAAGUUCGCCAUUGACUGUUGCAACGAACAUCGCAGCGGUGUCAUCGAACCAGCUGCAGCAAUUGAACCACCACCACCAACGCGCAGCAGCAACAACAAUCGCGGCAGUAGCGCCGACAAUCAACAGUCAGCCCAUAUCGGCAGCAAGCGUGGUCUCGACGGCGAGUCGCGUGCACUUGUGACUUCAGUUCGAAGCAGACAUUCGGCGCGAAUGCAAGUCAGGUAAAAUUUAAUGCUCAGCGUUAAAGUGUGAAAGUAAACACAAGUUGUUGACAAAGACAUAAAUCGAGUAAUUAACACACAAGUUAUUGCGGCAACGUCAAAACUAGCGAUUCUGAAGUAUUUAGGCGGGGUUUUCCGAAAAAUCAAAAUUCGGUGUUAAAUAUCUUGCUUGGAAAAAAUACAACAAGUGAAAACUGUAAACUUUUGUGAUUUUGAAUUUGAAAAAGUUGCUGUUGAAUACGUGAAAGUGCAUUUCCUCAAUCUGAAGAAUAUUUUAACUUCUUUCGUGGCUUUGGAACAAAGGUCAGCUUUGACAGUGGAUUCCUCUUGCCCAAAAAGAAAAAAAUGCGAUAUGGACCGCGAACGCGAAAGAGAUACAAAGUCCCUCGAACCGCGCGAUCUGUCAUCUACGGGGCGUAUCUUUGCCAGAGGCGACAUUAAAAUAAGCGCCUCACCUACUGUCUCACCGACGAUCUCGAAUUCCUCCUCGCCCACGCCAACACCGCCAGCCAGCUCAUCGGUGCCCCCAAUUGGUUUGCCGACCAGCGUGGGUGGUGGAGCAUCCAGCGCUCCUGGUAGUACUUCUGCCGCCAGCGCCAGUUCCUAUUUGCAUGCCAAUCACAAGCCCAUUACCGGCAUACCAUGCGUAGCAGCUGCUUCGCGAUAUACUGCGCCCGUACAUAUUGAUGUAGGUGGCACGAUUUACACCAGCUCAUUGGAAACGCUCACUAAGUAUCCAGACUCAAAGUUGGCCAAACUCUUCAACGGCACCAUACCAAUUGUGUUGGACUCGUUGAAACAGCACUAUUUCAUUGAUCGUGAUGGGGGCAUGUUUCGACACGUACUGAACUUCAUGAGAAACUCAAGACUUUUAAUUGCCGAUGACUUUCCCGAUCUCGAAUUGCUACUCGAGGAGGCACGUUACUUUGAAGUGGAACCGAUGAUCAAACAAUUGGAGAGCAUGCGCAAGGAUCGCGUACGCAAUGGUAAUUAUCUAGUGGCGCCACCAACACCACCGGCACGCAUCAAAAGCAGCCCGCGCACCAAUUCCUCCCCCGAAUACAAUUACGAAGUGGUCGCUUUGCAUAUAUCACCCGACCUAGGUGAGCGCAUCAUGCUCUCCGCCGAGCGCUCACUACUCGACGAAGUCUUUCCCGAAGCAAAUCAGGGCACACAGACCAGCCGCAGCGGCGUGUCGUGGAACCAGGGCGAUUGGCGGCAAAUUAUACGCUUUCCAUUGAACGGCUACUGCAAGUUGAAUUCGGUGCAGGUGCUGACACGCCUAUUAAAUGCCGGCUUCACCAUCGAGGCGAGCACCGGUGGCGGCGUAGAGGGGCAACAGUACUCCGAGUAUCUGCUGGUGCGCCGCAUUCCAAUGUGAUAGUCCUCUGGAUGGCAAUUUAUUUACGUUAAAGUAAUUGUUUAAAUUUUAAGGAAUUUUUAGCGAUAAAAAUCAAAUAUUGAAAUAGUUCUUGAAGAGAAUCAAGUAAAUAAAGUAAUUUCAAGGAAAAGUAUGGCAUCUAAAGUGAAUAUGUAGAAAAUUAAGAUGAAAGUUCAAUUUGAGAUUUGAGAUUUUUAGAGGCGACGAUCGCACAUACACACAGCGCAUUCGCACGCCCUCUUGUGUAGGAGUAUGCGCUCGUGUGUGUGUGAGGUACGUUUGUUGGUCGAGAUGCAAUAUGCCAUGCAUUUUUAAAUAGCCCGUAGUCUAAGGAUUUGCAAUACAUAUGUAUGCGUAUACUCAAUGUAACUAAAUUAAUUAAUUAGUGUUUUAAGCUCCUAGAGUUAAUUGAAUGAAAUACAAAAAUUAUUUAUUGUUCUAACUUUUUUCAUUUGACAAAAUUUAGUUUAGACGAAAACAUGUUGAACGCACUGAUUUGCUUGGCGAAUUGAUUUAUUGUACAAUUUUAGCUUAAAACGUAAAAUUAUUGAAAUAUUGUUUACACUGAACGCUGCUGGAACUUCCGUUAAUUUAAUUUUAGGAGAAAAUUUUUAGAAAUCCGAUUUUAGCAUUUACAUGAAGAGAUUUUGAGGAAGGAGCUAAGUGAAGGUCGAUGAACUUAUGUACACGCGUGCAUGCACUUCUUUGUGUGUAUGUGUGUGUGUUGCAUUUGUAUUAAACGUUUUAUGAAUGUAACUUUUGCAGAAAAUUAAAUACUACAAUACAGAUAUAACGUAUUGCAAUAAAUAAAAUCAACGCUCAUAUAUACAAACAUAAAUAUACAUACAUACAUCACAUUAGAUGUUUUGAAACGUGGUACUCAAUAAAUUAAUUAUGUAAAAUUAACUACAUUAAAUGGAAAUACUCGUA